UGCUCCGACUAUUACCCCACCUCUCAGCCAGCCCAAAAGAUCAAAAAAGCGCCAUACAAAUUUAACACUGGAUAAAAUGAUGGAAAAAUUCCUGCAGCAAAGUGUGGAUACAGAAGAGAAGUUUUACAAAUAUGAAGAGCAGAGGCUCAAAAUUGAGGACAAGCGUCGAGAAGCUGAGCACGCUCGAGAGCUCCAGAUGUUACAAAUGUUGGGACAGAUGUUGGCAGGAAUUUCUUCUACAGUGUCACAAAGGUCGCAGUCUAUACCAGCAAGUCCACCUCAGAGAGCAAACCAUCGUUCAUAUGGGGAUAACUUUAAUUAUAAUGCUAUGGCAGCUGCACUUUCUCCACCGAUAGUUAUAGAGAGGUCUUUUUCACUGCACAAAACACACACUCUAAAGGAUAUGGAGAAUAUUUUUCAACUGGUGCGCAACGUUAUCCCUCCUCUAACAGGAAAAAGGCAUAAAGGUCAAGAUGGGCGCAUAGGCAUCGUUGGAGGAUGUCAAGAAUACACGGGAGCACCGUAUUUUGCUGCAAUUACAGCUUUGAAAGUGGGUGCAGAUUUAUCCCACGUGUUUUGUACCAAAGAUGCAGCAACUGUAAUUAAAUCAUAUAGUCCAGAGCUGAUUGUUCAUCCAGUUCUUGAUAGUCCCAACGCUGUCCACGAGGUGGAAAAAUGGUUGCCACGACUGCACUCAGUUGUCAUAGGACCUGGCUUAGGUAGAGAUGAUACUCUGCUUGAGAAUGCUAAGGGUAUUAUAGAAAAAGCGAAGAUCAAAGGAAUUCCAAUCAUUAUUGAUGCUGAUGGACUGUGGCUCAUUUCCCAGCAGCCUUCUCUUAUUCAAGGCUACCAGAGAGCUAUUCUGACUCCAAACUACAUGGAGUUUAGCAGACUAUAUGAAGCCAUGCUUAGAGACCCUGUAGACAGUAGUGAUCAUCAUGGAUGUGUGUUAAGACUCAGCCAAGCCAUGGGGAAUUUGACAGUGGUUCAAAAGGGAGAACGAGAUCUAAUUUCAGAUGGAGAGAAAGUUCUUGUGUGCAGUCACGAAGGAAGCAGCCGGAGAUGCGGCGGACAGGGGGACCUCCUCUCGGGUUCCCUUGGAGUCUUAGCACACUGGGCAUUUCUUGCCGGAGCAGAAAAAACGAAUGGUCUAAAUCCGUUUCUAGUGGCUGCGUUUGGAGCUUGCUCCCUUACGAGGCAAUGUAACAACCAAGCCUUCCAAAAACUCGGACGCUCAAUGACUGCCUCUGACAUGGUCUCAGAAGUUGGAACAGCUUUUAGCAAACUUUUUGAAACCUGAAGCCAAAGCAGCCGACAGGAAGAAAAGCAAGAACCAUCACUGCAAGAAUGAUUAUAUUUACAGUAGAAUUGACAUAAGUAAUGCACCCUUCCAAGUGCUGUAGCAGCAUUGGUAUGCUAGGUAGAUUUUUUUUUUCUUAUUUUUAAGAAUAGAAAAUAUGAUUAAUGUAGAUAUUUUUUAAGAGUUUGGAAUACAAAAAUGUUUUGGCUGAAAUAAGCUGUAGUUGCAGAUCUGUUAUAAUAUAAUAAAACUAAACUUAAAGUA